AUGACUGACUCUAAACAAAAUGAUGAACAUGGUAGCCCAGAAGUUCCCAGACAUACUCUGUUAAAUGAAAAUACAAUUGAAGCUCUACAAAGUUGGCAUCAGCUUGUUGCUUCUCCUGACAUUAAGAACUCGACAAUAAUUGUUUCUGAUGGAGUCAAUAUAAAUGAUAUCACCCAACUGAAUUUAAGCCCUAUAUAUUCACCUUGUUUUGAUAACUCCUUGGUUUCAUCUGGUGACUUUAACAUAUGUGGGGACAGUCGCCAUAGUUCCCCCAAAACUGCUAAUGAUGGAACGAGUCGUAAAUUACUAAAGAAGUUUGAGGUAAUGGGAGACUUUUCCAAAAGCGCUGAAUCAGAAAGCGAAUAUUCAUUGAAUAAGUGUGAAGGUAUUUCGAAAAAGAGAAGAAGAACAGGCAAGAAACGGCACGUUUCUGGUUUAGAAAGUGAAGAAAGUCCAAAUCUUCUUCAAAAAACUAAGACUUUUAUGAAGACCCAUCAUAGUUGCUUGAACACACCUCCAGAGCACUGGACAUCAGCACCUGUAGCCUUAACCCCCAAACAUAAACCGGCUAACAGUAGUUAUAAUAUACAGGGUGAAGCGUCACCACCAGCAAGUCCUAUGUGCAGUCCAGGUCCAUCCAGUUUAAUGCUUCAUGUUCCAAAAUAUGACAUGAAACAAACGGAUAAUACAGAGCCAGAUACAACUUCUAACAAGUCUGACGAUGUAACAGAGAUAAAGGAUUCUGAAGAUACUGCAAAGGCUAUUGAAGCUAGAAUAAAAGAUAUGGGAAAAAGAAUUCUGGGAGAUAAGAGCUAG